UCCACUUCUCUCUUCCUCCUUCCCACGUUACCCAGAAUCUCAACCCCCUCCUCCUUCAUUAAUAGUAAUAAUAUUGAUUUAUUAAUUAAAGCUGAACCGUUAAGCUCAGAAUUCGACGUUUUCUCAAUUGAGCCGGAAAAUACAUACAAUCUGACAAGAGUUUCAGCGUCAAUAAUCAUAAAAGCGUCAACCGACAAAACGUUGAUAAAAUAAAUCAAUAUCAACGCUUUUACAUUCUGUGAUCAUUUGAAUGGUUUGGUUAGAAAAAAAAAGGUUUCCUGUAAAAUUUAGUGUUUCUAGAGAGAGAAAGAUUAUGACGCAGAAGAAAAAAUUGAUUACACUUAAAGUUACGCGGAAGUUGCUAAUUUCCGCUGUUAGUAUGAUAGGGUUAUUGGCUCUUUUCAUUAUUCAUAUACCCAGAGUUCCUAGUUUGCCUGAUCCCUACAAACUUCCUACGCAGCAUGAAGCUAAUUUCCAGAAAUUUAAUGCCGAGAAAGAGCAUGUACUGGAAAAUGCACCUCCAAAUGUUACAAAACCUUCACAUACUCCAGAGAAGUUGGUUGGUGCCACUGGGGUAUCAGACUAUGCUAAAUUGUGGAAGAAGCCUCCUAAUCGUGAUCUUAUGCCUUGUGUAGAGCCUAGUGAUUCAUAUACACCUCCUUCAGAGUCGUCACAAGGUUACCUGCUUGUUAAUACUAAUGGUGGUCUUAAUCAAAUGAGAACUGGGAUAUGUGAUAUGGUGGCUGUGGCACGGAUCAUCAAUGCAACGCUCGUAAUCCCAGAACUUGAUAAGAGGUCAUUUUGGCAAGACUCAAGCAACUUUGGGGAUGUUUUUGAUCAAGAUCAUUUCAUUACUUCUUUGGCUGGUGAUAUCAAAGUAGUAGAAAAGCUACCCAAGGAGCUUUCGACUGCUCCUAGAGCGGUGAAGCAUUUUCGAAGUUGGUCUGGGUUAGACUACUACCAAAAUGAAAUUGCUGGCAUGUGGAGCAACUUUCAAGUGAUCCGAGCAGCCAAAUCUGAUUCUCGAUUAGCAAAUAAUAAUCUUCCCCUCGACAUUCAAAAGUUACGCUGCCGUGCCUGUUAUGAAGCCCUUCGCUUUUCUCCUAGGAUUGAAGCAAUGGGAAAAUUGCUAGUUCAGAGAAUGAGGAAUUAUGGCCGUUAUAUUGCUUUGCACUUACGGUAUGAGAAAGAUAUGCUUGCAUUCAGUGGAUGCUCCCAUGGGUUAUCACCUGAAGAGGCCGACGAGUUGACAAUGAUUAGGGAAAAUACCACACAUUGGAAAGUGAAGGAUAUUAAUGCGACAGAACAAAGAAAUAAAGGGUUUUGUCCCUUAACGCCAAAGGAGGUUGGCCUUUUUCUUUCAGCUCUUGGAUUUCCAUCGGACACUCCCAUCUAUAUUGCUGCUGGAGAGAUAUAUGGUGGUGAAUCUCGUAUAGCUGAUUUGCGGUCUCGUUAUUCAAUCUUAUUGAACAAGGAUAAAAUAGCAUCUGCAGAAGAACUUGAACCUUUUAUUAAUCAUGCCUCUCAAAUGGCUGCGCUGGAUUAUAUUGUUUCUGUUGAAAGCGAUGUAUUCAUUCCUACGCACACAGGGAAUAUGGCAAAAGCAGUUGAAGGUCAUCGUCGAUAUUUAGGUCAUAGAAAAACAAUCAUUCCUGAUAGGAGGGCCCUUGUUCGCUUGUUUGACAAGGUUGAGAGAGGUUCAUUAAAAGAAGGGAAGAAAUUGUCAGAACGAAUAAUUGAAAUCCACCGAAGAUGGCAAGGGUCACCGAGAAAGCGAAAAGGUCCAGUAUCAGGAACAAAGGGCAUGGACAGAUUUCGCUCCGAAGAAGUAUUUUACGAAAAUCCUCUGCCAGAAUGUUUGUGUCAGAGGUCAUCCUUUGAGCUGAAUACUUCCACCAUCAAAUAACUAACCUGCAGGAAUGAUU